CGGCCACUUGUGAGCGGACACCCUUGAUUUGGAUGAGCAAGUGAACUGCAAGGUCCUUGUACAGUUGAGGAUCUUCCCGGCCUUUGUCUGAUACAGCAAGGAAGUGAAGUGCACUCAGGAAAACCAGACCGCACUUGUGUUUAUUCUCAGUGUUUGAUCAGCCAUGGAUUGUUACAUAUCUUCACCAAGCAACUCCUGGAUUUACCCCACUGUGAUUCUCUGCUUAUUUGGGUUUUUCUCCAUGAUGAGACCUUCGGAACCAUUCCUUAUCCCAUAUUUAUCUGGACCAAAUAAAAACCUGACCACUGAAGAGAUCACCAAUGAGAUCCUUCCCGUGUGGACCUACUCCUACCUGGCGCUGCUGCUGCCCGUGUUCGUCCUCACCGAUUACGUCCGCUACAAGCCAGUCAUCGUCUUACAAGGGCUCAGCUUCAUCACCACCUGGCUGCUGCUCUUAUUUGGCCAAGGAGUGGCGUCCAUGCAGGUUGUGGAGUUCUUCUACGGCGUGGUCACCGCCACCGAGGUGGCCUACUACGCCUACAUCUACAGCGUGGUCAGCCCGGAGCACUAUCAGAAAGUGAGCGGCUACUGUCGCAGCGUCACGCUGGUGGCCUACACGGCCGCCUCCGUGCUGGCCCAGCUCUUGGUGUCCCUGGCCAACCUGUCGUACUUUUACCUCAACGUCAUAUCCCUGGUCUCUGUCUCCACAGCCUUCCUUUUCUCACUUUUUCUACCAAUGCCCAAGAAGAGCAUGUUUUUUCACGCAAAACCCAGCAAAGAGAUAAAGACGUCAGCUAGCAUGAGUGUGGUGCUAGCGGAGCCUCACGAAGGUGAAACCUUAGGAGGUGGAAAGCAGAAAUCCGCCUCGGAAACAUCCGCCUCUCCGGGGAGCCCAGGGGAUGGCCCGCCGGGCAGCCCCACGCCGAAAGCCGUGGCUCUGCAAGUUUUCACGCAGUGGUUUCGAGAUCUGAAGGAGUGUUACUCCUCGAAAUAUCUCUUUUACUGGUCCCUGUGGUGGGCUUUCUCCACGGCAGGUUUUAACCAGGUUUUAAACUAUGUUCAGAUCCUGUGGGAUUACAAGGCACCGUUGCAAGAUUCUUCCAUCUAUAACGGGGCAGUAGAAGCGAUUGCAACAUUUGGAGGGGCUCUGGCUGCCUUUGCAGUGGGUUACGUGAAAGUCAACUGGGAUCUUCUGGGAGAGUUGGCCCUGGCCCUGUUCUCAGUGGUCAGUGCCGGCUCUCUGCUGCUCAUGCAUUACACAGCCAACAUCUGGGCUUGCUACGCUGGCUACUUGACAUUCAAGUCCAGCUACAUGCUGCUUAUAACCAUAGCAGUAUUUCAGAUUGCAGUCAACCUGAGUGUGGAGCGCUAUGCCCUGGUGUUUGGAAUCAACACUUUCAUUGCCUUGGUAAUUCAGACCAUCAUGACUGUGAUUGUAGUAGAUCCAAGAGGGCUCAACCUGCCAAUCAGCAUUCAGUUUUUAGUUUAUGGUAGUUAUUUUGCAGUCAUUGCUGGAAUUUUCCUAAUGAGAAGCACAUAUAUCAUCUACUCAGCCAAAUGGCUAAGGAAAGAACAGAGCUUUGCUAUAAGUCAGAAUCCAGACGGGCCACACCCAGAGGAAUGAAGAAAUACCAUCAUGUCAACAAAGCUCUAACCGUAUUACAUCAGAAGCUGCAGUGGUUUGAAAGUCACUAAAUGAUAAUGCAAGACUUUGAGAUGGAUGGAAUAUGUUUUGUCAUAAGCUGACAUGCUUUGCAAGUCUGGAUUCCAAUGAACCUUUUCAAAACCAGGACAAGACAUCAGUUUUAGACCAGUUAUCUAUGUGCCCAGGUGAACUUGAUGUAGUCGAUGGGGUCCAUCAUCACAAUUAAGCAAUCCAAUCAUUGGGAGCCCUGUGAGUGGCCGUAACUGGUAAAUUCUUGUUUUGCUCACCUGCAAGGACAUGCAAAUGGCAUGGAAUUAAACCAGAAGAAAACUCCAGCCAUCUUGGAGUUGGUGUUCCCCUUUUAUGAACAGACAUCCUAACUGGGUUGAUGAUCUUACCAAAGUGGGUGACACAUAAGACACUUUUGUCAUGUGGUCCAUUUUCUUUUCCAGUGAAUGCAUUUCUGUUUAAGUACAGAUCUCUGAGAGAGUUACAAGGUUUGGUCCCAUUUCUACGGGCUCCUCUUCCACUCUGAUGACACAACAUUAUUUAUAAGCUAUGAUUUGAUAAUAUCAUCAUUUAAUUUUUUAUGAUUAUUUUUCAUUUUGUCUUCUGUUGUUAAAACUCUACCUCAAAGAUAGCUCCAGACACUCGUGUAUAUCCACGGAGUAACCCUCACGUCAAUGCCAUGGCCUGAGAGAGGCGAUAAACCUUCUCCCCAUCAUGACCCCAGAGAGGUGUUUAAUGUAUGGUAUCUGUCUAAAAUAGGAAAACUUUUAAGGAAUUUCUAGAGGUUUCUAGAAGUAUUUGGAAAUAAGAAAACACUGGUGGGAAGGGGUAUAAUACAUUUAAUUUUUAAAUGGAAGAAACUGUGCUAAAUAAAAUGUGU